CAAGAUGGCCGGGCACUUGUGUUCCGCUCCUGCCCGCGGCGCCCUGGCCCAUUCAUUGCUGCGCUGCUGAGCGGCGCCGCGUCGCGGUAGUGGGCUUUAGGUCGCUGGGGGCUAACCCGUGGGUCCGGAGGCCACCAUGGCGACCCUGGAGAAGCUGAUGAAGGCCUUCGAAUCCCUCAAGUCGUUCCAGCAGCAGCAGCAGCAACAGCAACAGCAGUCGCCGCCGCCGCCGCCGCCUCAGUCGCCUCAGCAGCCGCCGCAGGCGCAGCCGCCGCCGCCCCCGCCGCCGCCGCCGCCGCCCCCGCCGCCGCCGCCGCCCGGCCCGGCCGUGGCCGACGAGCCGCUGCCCCGACCAAAGAAGGAACUUGCAGCCACCAAAAAAGACCGGGUGAAUCAUUGUCUGACAAUAUGUGAAAACAUAGUGGCACAAUCUCUCAGAAAUUCUCCAGAAUUUCAGAAACUUCUGGGUAUCGCUAUGGAACUUUUUCUGCUGUGUAGUGAUGAUGCGGAGUCAGAUGUCAGGAUGGUGGCUGAUGAAUGCCUCAACAAAGUUAUAAAAGCUUUGAUGGAUUCUAAUCUGCCAAGGCUACAGUUAGAACUCUAUAAGGAAAUUAAAAAGAAUGGGGCCCCUCGAAGUCUGCGUGCUGCCCUUUGGAGGUUUGCUGAGCUGGCUCACCUGGUUCGACCUCAGAAAUGCAGGCCUUACCUGGUGAAUCUCCUGCCAUGCUUAACUCGAACAAGCAAGAGACCCGAGGAAUCGGUCCAGGAGACCUUGGCUGCAGCUAUUCCCAAAAUUAUGGCUUCUUUUGGCAAUUUUGCAAAUGACAAUGAAAUUAAGGUCCUGUUAAAGGCUUUCAUAGCAAAUCUGAAAUCAAAUUCCCCCACUGUCCGUCGCACCGCAGCUGGCUCUGCAGUGAGUAUCUGCCAGCACUCCAGGAGGACUCAGUACUUCUACAGCUGGCUUCUGAAUGUGCUCCUAGGUCUGCUGGUACCUGUGGAGGAAGAGCACUCCACACUCCUGAUCCUCGGCGUGCUGCUCACAUUGAGGUAUCUGGUACCUUUACUACAGCAGCAGGUCAAGGACACAAGCCUGAAAGGCAGCUUUGGGGUGACACGGAAAGAAAUGGAAGUCUCUCCUUCUGCUGAGCAGCUUGUCCAGGUAUAUGAACUGACUUUGCAUCACACGCAACACCAAGACCACAAUGUGGUGACAGGAGCACUGGAGCUCCUACAGCAGCUCUUCCGCACCCCACCGCCGGACCUGCUGCAGGCACUGACCAUGCCAGGUGGGCUUGGACAGCUAGCUGCAGCUCAAGAGGAGGCCCAGGGCCGAGACCGCAGCGGGAGCAUUGUGGAACUUCUAGCCGGAGGGGGUUCUUCAUGCAGCCCUAUCCUUUCAAGGAAGCAAAAAGGCAAAAUACUGUUAGGAGAAGAAGAAGCCCUGGAAGACGACUCAGAAUCAAGAUCUGACGUCAGCAGUGCAGCCUUUGCAGCCUCAGUGAAGAGUGAGAUCGGUGGAGAGCUGGCUGCCUCUCCCGGGAUCUCCACUCCUGGGUCUGUGGGUCAUGACAUCAUUACGGAGCAGCCUCGUUCACAGCACACGCUGCAAGCAGACUCUGUGGACCUCUCUGGCUGUGACUUGACUAGUGCUGCCACUGAUGGAGAUGAGGAGGACAUCUUGAGCCACAGCUCCAGCCAAAUCAGUGCAGUUCCAUCUGACCCUGCUCUGGACCUAAAUGAUGGGACCCAGGCCUCCUCACCUAUCAGUGACAGCUCCCAGACCACCACUGAAGGACCUGACUCGGCCGUGACACCCUCCGACAGUUCUGAAAUUGUGUUAGAUGGUGCUGACAGCCAGUGCCCCAGCGUGCAGCUCGGCCAGCCGCAGGAGGACGAGGGAGCUGAGUGUGUUCUUCCUGGUGGAGACUCGAGUGCUUUCAGAAACUCCUCCCUGGCACUUCAGAAGGUACAGUUAUUGGAGAGCAUGGGUCACAGCAGGCAGCUUUCUGACAGCAGUGUCGAUAAAUUUGUGUCAAGAGAUGAAGCGCCUGAACCAGGCGACACAGAGACCAAGCCUUGCCGAAUCAAAGGUGAUAUCGGACACUCUACUGAUGAUGAUUCUGCUCCUCUGGUCCAUUGUGUUCGCCUUUUAUCGGCAUCAUUUUUGUUAACUGGGAAAAAGAAUGCCCUGGUUCCAGACAGAGACGUGAGGGUCAGUGUUAAGGCUCUGGCCCUCAGCUGUGUUGGAGCAGCCGUGGCCCUUCAUCCGGAGUCUUUUUUCAGCAGACUUUAUAAAGCACCCCUUGCUCCCAUGGAGUACCCUGAGGAGCAGUAUGUCUCAGACAUCUUGAACUAUAUUGAUCAUGGAGACCCACAGGUCAGAGGAGCCACUGCCAUUCUCUGUGGGACUCUCGUCUGCUCCACCCUCAGCCGCUCCCGCUUCCAUGUGGGGGACUGGCUUGGCACCAUCAGAGUCCUAACAGGGAAUAGAUUUUCUUUGGCAGACUGCAUUCCUUUGCUGAGGAAAACUUUGAAGGAUGAGUCUUCUGUUACCUGUAAGCUGGCCUGUACAGCUGUGAGGCACUGUGUCAUGAGUCUCUGCAGCAGCAGCUACAGUGACCUGGGAUUACAGCUGCUCAUUGAUGUGCUGUCUCUGAGGAAUAGCCCCUACUGGCUGCUGAGGACAGAGCUGUUGGAGACUCUUGCUGAGAUCGACUUCAGGCUGGUGAGCUUUUUGGAGGCAAAAGCAGAAAGCUUGCACAGAGGGGCUCAUCAUUACACAGGGCUUUUAAAACUGCAAGAACGAGUCCUCAAUAAUGUGGUCAUCUAUUUGCUUGGGGAUGAAGACCCCAGGGUGCGACAUGUUGCUGCAGCUUCAUUAGUAAGGUUGGUUCCAAAGCUGUUUUAUAAAUGUGACCAAGGACAGGCAGAUCCCGUAGUGGCUGUGGCAAGAGAUCAAAGUAGUGUUUACCUGAAGCUGCUCAUGCACGAGACACAGCCUCCGUCGCACUUCUCCGUCAGCACCAUUACCAGAAUAUAUAGAGGUUAUAGCUUACUACCAAGCAUAACAGAUGUCACCAUGGAAAAUAACCUGUCAAGAGUUAUUGCUGCAGUUUCUCAUGAGCUGAUCACAUCAACCACUAGGGCACUCACAUUUGGAUGCUGUGAAGCUUUGUGUCUUCUUUCUGCAGCUUUUCCAGUUUGUGUCUGGAGUUUAGGUUGGCAUUGUGGAGCGCCCCCACUCAGUGCCUCCGACGACUCUAGAAAAAGCUGUACCGUGGGGAUGGCCACCAUGAUUCUCACCUUGCUCUCGUCAGCUUGGUUCCCAUUGGAUCUCUCAGCCCAUCAAGACGCCUUGGUUUUGGCUGGAAACUUGCUUGCAGCCAGUGCCCCCAAGUCUCUGAGAAGUUCAUGGACCUCUGAAGAAGAAGCCAACCCAACAGCCACCAGACAAGAGGAGGUGUGGCCAGCGUUAGGUGACCGGACACUGGUGCCCAUGGUAGAGCAGCUUUUCUCCCACCUGCUGAAGGUGAUCAAUAUCUGUGCUCACGUCUUGGAUGAUGUGACUCCGGGGCCAGCAAUUAAGGCAGCUUUGCCUUCUCUAGCAAACCCCCCUUCUCUAAGUCCCAUCCGGCGAAAGGGGAAGGAGAGAGAACCAGGAGAACAGGCAUCUGUUCCACCUAGUCCCAAGAAAGGCAAUGAGGCCAAUACAGCCUCUCGACAAUCAGAUUCCUCAGGCCCUGUCACAGCAAGUAAAUCUUCCUCAGUGGGCAGUUUCUACCAUCUCCCAUCCUACCUCAGACUGCAUGAUGUCCUGAAGGCCACUCAUGCCAACUACAAGGUCACUUUGGAUCUUCAGAACAGCACUGAGAAGUUUGGGGGGUUCCUGCGCUCUGCCUUGGACGUUCUUUCUCAGAUUCUAGAGCUGGCAACGCUGCAGGACAUUGGGAAGUGUGUUGAAGAGAUCCUUGGUUACCUGAAAUCCUGUUUUAGUCGAGAGCCAAUGAUGGCAACGGUUUGCGUUCAGCAGCUACUGAAGACGCUCUUUGGAACAAACUUGGCUUCCCAGUUUGACAGCUUAUCUUGGAACCCCAGCAAGUCUCAAGGCCGAGCCCAGCGCCUGGGCUCUUCAAGUAUGAGACCAGGCUUGUAUCACUACUGCUUCAUGGCUCCAUACACCCACUUCACGCAAGCCCUGGCAGAUGCCAGCCUGAGGAACAUGGUGCAGGUGGAGCAGGAGCAUGAUGCCUCGGGAUGGUUUGAUGUACUCCAGAAAGUGUCCACCCAAUUGAAGACUAACCUCACGAGCGUCACAAAGAAUCGAGCUGAUAAGAACGCUAUUCACAACCACAUUCGUUUAUUUGAACCCCUUGUUAUAAAAGCUUUAAAACAGUACACCACUACAACAUCUGUGCAGUUGCAGAAGCAGGUUUUGGAUUUGCUGGCACAGCUGGUUCAGCUACGGGUCAAUUACUGUCUCCUGGAUUCAGAUCAGGUGUUCAUUGGAUUUGUGUUGAAACAAUUUGAAUACAUCGAAGUAGGCCAAUUCAGGGAAUCAGAGGCAAUUAUUCCAAACAUCUUUUUCUUCCUGGUAUUACUAUCUUAUGAGCGUUACCAUUCAAAACAGAUCAUCGGGAUUCCUAAGAUCAUUCAGCUGUGCGACGGCAUCAUGGCCAGUGGGAGGAAGGCUGUGACACAUGCCAUACCAGCUCUGCAGCCCAUAGUUCAUGACCUCUUUGUGUUAAGGGGAACAAAUAAGGCUGAUGCAGGCAAAGAGCUUGAAACCCAGAAGGAAGUGGUGGUGUCGAUGUUGUUGAGACUCAUCCAGUACCAUCAGGUGCUGGAGAUGUUCAUCCUUGUCCUGCAGCAGUGCCACAAAGAGAGUGAGGACAGGUGGAAGCGCUUAUCUCGGCAGGUUGCCGACAUCAUCCUGCCUAUGUUAGCCAAGCAGCAGAUGCAUAUUGAUUCUCAUGAAGCCCUUGGAGUGUUAAAUACCUUAUUUGAGAUUUUGGCCCCUUCCUCCCUCCGUCCUGUGGACAUGCUUUUGCGGAGUAUGUUUGUCACGCCAAGUACAAUGGCAUCUGUGAGCACUGUUCAACUGUGGGUAUCUGGAAUCCUAGCCAUUCUGAGGGUUCUCAUUUCCCAGUCAACUGAAGAUAUUGUUCUUUCUCGUAUUCAGGAGCUCUCCUUCUCUCCCUAUUUAAUCUCCUGUCCGGUAAUUAACCGUUUAAGAGAUGGAGACAGUAGCUCAACAAUGGGAGAACACACUGAAAGGAAACAAGUGAAGAGUUUGCCAGAAGAAAUAUUCUCAAGGUUUCUGUUACAGCUGGCUGGUGUUCUUCUAGAGGACAUUGUUACAAAACAACUGAAAGUGGAAAUGAGUGAACAGCAGCAUACUUUCUACUGCCAGGAAUUAGGCACACUGCUCAUGUGCCUCAUCCACAUCUUCAAGUCUGGAAUGUUCCGGAGAAUUACAGCAGCUGCCACUAAACUCUUCAGCAGCGACAGUGGUGAGGGCAGCUUCUACACCCUAGAGAGUCUGAACGCGCACGUGCGCUCCAUGGUGCCCACGCACCCGGCCCUGGUGCUUCUCUGGUGCCAGAUCCUGCUGCUUGUCAACCACACAGACCACUGCUGGUGGGCAGAGGUGCAACAGACUCCCAAGAGACACAGUCUAUCCUGCACAAAGUCGCUCAGCCCCCAGAUGUCUGAUGAGGAGGAUUCUGACUCAGCAGCCCAACUUGGAAUGUGCAACAGAGAGAUUGUGCGAAGGGGAGCCCUCAUUCUCUUCUGUGAUUAUGUCUGUCAGAAUCUCCAUGACUCAGAGCACCUAACGUGGCUCAUUGUGAAUCACAUUCAAGAUCUGAUCAGCCUGUCCCAUGAGCCUCCAGUCCAGGACUUUAUUAGUGCAAUUCAUCGGAAUUCUGCCGCCAGUGGCCUUUUUAUCCAGGCAAUCCAAUCUCGUUGUGAAAAUCUUUCAACGCCAACCACUCUGAAGAACACGCUGCAGUGCUUGGAAGGCAUUCACCUCAGCCAGUCGGGCGCUGUGCUCACACUGUAUGUGGACAGGCUCCUGGGCACCCCCUUCCGCGCACUGGCUCGCAUGGUUGACACCCUGGCCUGCCGCCGGGUAGAAAUGCUUUUGGCUGCAAAUUUACAGAGCAGCAUGGCCCAGUUACCAGUAGAAGAGCUGAACAGAAUCCAGGAGCACCUCCAGAGCAGUGGGCUCGCGCAGAGACAUCAAAGGCUCUAUUCCCUGCUGGACAGGUUCCGACUCUCCACUGUGCAAGAUUCCCUCAGCCCCCUACCUCCGGUCACUUCCCAUCCGCUGGACGGGGAUGGGUACAUGCCACUGGAAACGGUGAUUCCAGACAAAGACUGGUACCUCCGUCUGGUCAGAUCACAAUGUUGGACCAAGUCAGAUUCUGCACUGCUGGAAGGUGCGGAGCUGGUGAAUCGCAUCCCUGCUGAAGACAUGAGCGUGUUCAUGAUGAGCUCGGAGUUCAACCUAAGCCUCUUGGCUCCAUGCCUGAGCCUCGGCAUGAGCGAGAUCGCGUGUGGCCAGAAGAGUGUCCUUUUUGAAGCUGCUCGUGGGGUGACUCUGGACCGUGUGACUGGCAUCGUCCAGCAGCUUCCUGCUGUCCAUCAGGUCUUCCAGCCUUUCCUGCCCACGGAGCCCACAGGCUACUGGAGCAAGCUGAAUAAUCUAUUUGGGGAUGCCACAUUAUACCAGACCAUGACCACGCUGGCUCGGGCCCUGGCGCAGUACCUAGUAGUGAUCUCCAAAGUACCCACCCAUUUGCACCUUCCUGCUGAGAAGGAGAGGGACACAGUGAGGUUCGUGGUGAUGAUCCUCGAGGCCCUGGCAUGGCAUUUGAUCCACGAGCAGAUCCCACUGAGUCUGGACCUCCAAGCGGGGCUGGACUGCUGCUGCCUGGCACUGCAGGUUCCUGGCCUCUGCAGUGUGAUCUCCUCUGCGGAGUUUGUGACCCACGUCUGCUCCCUCAUCCACUGUGUGCGAUUCCUCCUUGAAGCUAUUGUGGUACAGCCUGGAGACCAGCUUCUCAGUCCGGAAAGCAGACUGAACACUCCAACUACUGUCAGAGAGGAGAAGGUGGACUCAGACACACAAAACCCCAGGUGUGUGGCUGUGGCCUGUGAGAUGGUGGCCGAGAUGGUGGAGUCUCUGCAGUCGGUUCUGGCCUUAGGCCACAAGAGGAAUGGCAGCGUGCCCGCAUUUCUCACAGCCGUGCUGAAGAACAUUGUCAUCAGCCUGGCCCGCCUCCCCCUUGUCAACAGCUACACCCGUGUGCCCCCACUGGUGUGGAAACUCGGAUGGUCGCCCAAACCAGGAGGGGAUUUUGGCACCGUGUUUCCUGAGAUCCCUGUGGAGUUCCUCCAGGAGAAGGAAAUCUUCAAAGAGUUCAUCUACCGCAUCAACACCCUGGGGUGGACUAGUCGGACUCAGUUUGAAGAAACUUGGGCCACUCUCCUUGGUGUCCUGGUGACGCAGCCGCUUGUGCUGGAGCAGGAGGAAAGCCCACCGGAGGAAGACAUGGAGAGGACCCAGAUCCACGUGCUGGCCGUGCAGGCCAUUACCUCCCUGGUGCUCAGUGCCAUGACUGUGCCUGUGGCUGGCAACCCCGCUGUGAGCUGCUUGGAACAACAGCCAAGGAACAAACCCCUGAAAGCACUGGACACCAGGUUCGGGAGAAAGUUGAGCGUGAUCAGGGGGGUUGUAGAGCAGGAGAUUCAAGCCAUGGUUUCUCGGAGAGAAAACAUCGCCACCCAUCACCCUUACCAGGCCUGGGAUCCGGUCCCCUCCCUGUCCCCUGCUACUACAGGUGCCCUCAUCAGCCACGACAAGCUGCUCCUGCAGACCAACCCGGAGCGCGAGCUGGGCAACAUGAGCUACAAGCUGGGCCAGGUAUCCAUACACUCGGUGUGGCUGGGGAACAACAUCACACCAUUGAGAGAGGAGGAAUGGGAUGAGGAGGAAGAGGAGGAAGCUGAUAUCCCCGCACCAGCAUCUCCUCCCAUGUCUCCAGUCAACUCCAGGAAGCACCGGGCUGGAGUCGAUAUUCACUCGUGCUCGCAGUUUUUGCUUGAAUUAUACAGCCGAUGGAUCCUACCGUCCAGCUCUGCCAGAAGGACCCCAGUCAUCCUCAUCAGUGAAGUGGUUCGAUCGCUUCUCGUGGUCUCAGACUUGUUCACCGAACGCACCCAGUUUGAGAUGAUGUACCUGACGCUGACAGAGCUGCGGAGGGUGCACCCUUCAGAAGAUGAGAUCCUUGUUCAGUACCUGGUACCUGCCACCUGCAAGGCAGCCGCUGUGCUCGGCAUGGACAAGGCUGUGGCAGAGCCAGUCAGCCGUCUGCUGGAGAGCACACUCAGGAGCAGCCACCUGCCCAGCCAGAUCGGAGCCCUGCAUGGCAUCCUGUACGUGCUGGAGUGCGACCUCCUGGAUGACACCGCGAAGCAGCUCAUCCCCGUCGUCAGCGACUAUCUCCUGUCUAACCUCAAAGGGGCAGCCCACUGCGUGAACGUUCACAGCCAGCAGCACGUGCUGGUGAUGUGUGCCACCGCGUUCUACCUAAUCGAGAACUAUCCUCUAGAUGUGGGGCCGGAGUUUUCUGCAUCUAUAAUACAGAUGUGUGGAGUGAUGCUGACCGGCAGCGAGGACUCCACCCCGUCCACCAUUUACCACUGCGCCUUGCGCGGCCUGGAGCGCCUCCUGCUAUCAGAGCAGCUCUCCCGGCUGGACACCGAGUCCCUGGUCAAGCUGAGUGUGGACAGGGUGAACGUGCACAGCCCGCACCGGGCCAUGGCAGCGCUAGGCCUGAUGCUCACCUGCAUGUACACAGGAAAGGAGAAAGCCAGCCCAGGCAGAGCCUCGGACCCCAGCCCUGCAGCCCCAGAUAGUGAGUCCGUGAUUGUCGCUAUGGAGCGCGUGUCUGUUCUCUUCGACAGGAUCAGGAAGGGAUUUCCUUGUGAAGCCAGGGUGGUGGCAAGGAUCCUGCCUCAGUUCCUGGACGACUUCUUCCCGCCCCAGGAUGUCAUGAACAAAGUCAUCGGAGAGUUUCUCUCCAGCCAGCAGCCGUACCCGCAGUUCAUGGCCACCGUGGUGCACAAGGUGUUCCAGACUCUGCACAGCGCGGGACAGUCAUCGAUGGUCCGGGAUUGGGUCAUGCUGUCCCUGUCCAACUUCACGCAGAGAACGCCUGUUGCGAUGGCCAUGUGGAGCCUCUCCUGCUUUUUUGUCAGCGCGUCUACCAGCUUCUGGGUUUCAGCUAUCCUUCCGCACCUCAUCAGCAGGAUGGGCAAGCUGGAGCAGGUGGAUGUGAACCUUUUCUGCCUGGUUGCCACAGACUUCUACAGACACCAGAUAGAGGAGGAGUUUGAUCGCAGGGCCUUCCAGUCUGUGUUUGAAGUGGUUGCCACACCAGGAGGCCCGUAUCAUCGGCUACUUACGUGUUUGCGAAAUGUCCAUAAGGUCACCGCCUGCUGAGCACCUGUGGCAGGAAGGCUUAGUAGCUGCGGGAGCCAGAGCCCAGGAGCCUGGGCCGAGCGUGCAAGCACACGCCUGCCUCACCUGUGGCUGCCUGGACCACCACAGGCUUCUGCUUGCAAUGUUGGGGGGCAGCUAGCAGUGUGGGAUAACUCAUAGCAGCAGUGCUCUGCAGCGGCGGCGGCAGCCAUGCAGGGAAUGUGCGUGUCGGGGGUGGAGCUUGCGUCCUGGCCCUGCUGUGUCUGGUGCCAGUCCCAGUCAGUGGGGUGUGCGUCCUUCGAGUGCUCACCAGGCGGCAGCUGCCCUGGGGCAGGAGUCUUGGCUCUGAGCCCUCCUGUCCCGCAGGCAGACUCCCACCAGCCCAGUGGGCUGGCACACGUUCGCGUCUCCCGAACAGGGUACGCCUGGUGCACCGGUGUCCGCACACAGACGCUGUGGUGUGCAGCCAGCUGGGGCUGGGGUGCCAGGCGCCUAGCGCCUGUCUCCCGUUCUCUGUUGUUCUCAGGACUUAAAACUUAAUCAUCUGUAAGUAAAGAGAUUAAUUUUAAAUGUAACUCUUCCUAUGCCCGUGUAAAGUGUGUGAUUUGCAAGGCCUGUGCUGCAUGUGAUCACGUCCCUGGAGGUGGGAGGGCCCCAGGCUGCCACGCCCCCUCCAGCUGCUCCGUCCGCUCAGCCGGUGCCUCCUGUAGUGUCCUAAUACCUGGUGGCACGUCUCCCUUUUUUAUGCAUUCACAUUUACUUAGAAUGUAGACAGAGGUUGCCGUCGGGUGCCCACAGCAGAAACCCUUCCUCAGGCUGGCUCCAGGGGCGGCGAAGAGCUGCUGUCCGCCGUCCGGGUCCACGCCCACUGCAGCACUCCUCUCGCUGUCAGGAAGGCCGGCCGUGAGCGGUCUCUAGCGCCCAGAAAUGUUGGUUCUGAUAACUAGUUCUGAGCUGACUCCAGGUGGUGGUCUCCAUGGAGCUGGCCAGCAGUGUUGAAUACACCAUCCCUUGCCUGUUCUGCACAGUGGGUCCAAAUAGGUACCUGACCGGCAGCCCCAGGGUGUCACUGUGCUCUACUUUGCCUAGGCUUCUGUUCGUCAAGAACAAAGCAUAGUGUUCCAGUAAAUGGUAAGGGUGAACUCCCAACACCUCCUCUUUCCCUUCCUUUCCCAGCUCUGCGCCUACCCAGGCCUUCUUUCAGCAUCAGAGCCCGCAAAGGGGCUCCAUCUCAGGCAGGGUGAGAUGGCAAGGAGGAGGGGUGUGUGGCAGCUGAGCUCAGCUCAGGGGCCGGUCUGCGAGCCCACCAAGAGCUCCCGGGUGCCCAUGUAAAUGAAGAUGAACCCAGGACAGAAAGCCUUUCUCUGAUUUCUUGGCUUGAUUUGGAAGUUCUGCUUGCUGUCUGACUUGGUGGUAGGGCAGUCACUGCCUCCCUGCACCUGGAGGCUGGCCUGCAUGGUUGGUGACCUGUGUGCUAGUUAGCCCAGUGGUUGAUGUUUCAGGGUUUACCUUGGUACAUGAUGAUUCAGGUACUGUUUUCCAAAGGAGGGAGCUUUUAGUUAACUGCUUGUCAGUCUUGUCAAUGAAUCAACUGCCCAAGACCCUUGCACUCCCUUGGGGGGAGAGGGGAGGUGGGGACAGCCAGAAUGCAGAGUUGCCCACUGUGCUCAUGGGGGGGGCACCGGGAGGGGGCUCCCCACUGCAGCCCCACUGCUGAGUCUUUGGCCAGUCCCGGCAGGGGCCUCCCAAGCUGGCCUGAGCAGAGAAGAGGCUCUGAGUUUGAGGAGGACCUUGCGGGUUUUAGUGAGAAGUAAGGAGGUCACCAGCUCUCUCCCUUAUCCAGGACUCCUGCUUCUCAUCCCAGCUUUCCCCAUGAAUGCCCGCUGGGAGUGUUUGUGGGCUACCGCCCCACACCCAGCUUGUUCCAACAGGCCAGAUGCUGCUCCUGGCUGUGUGCUUACAUGUGAGACAUAGCCCUGUGAGUGCGCAGUGUGGAGCCGGGCCCUUCGGGGCCCUGUCCUGGGCUCGGCGUGGUUCUGUUGGCUCUGAUAGCCCUUCUUGGUGGGGACGUCAACCCAAAGACCUGCCCUGUGUUCCAGAAACGUACAUGAGCUCCCGUGUCUAAUCGUGUAAGGUGUGCGCAUGUGCAUGCACACACGAAUCUAUUUGUAUACACACACACACACUUGAAGACAGAUGUGCCAGGCCUCUGGACGCACCUGUGUGGUUCCUGGCACUGAACUGAGAUCCGCCAUGGAACGUUGGCUGGGUGACCCAAGCACCUGAGGAGUGGAACUCAACAGAGAAGGGCCCCGCCGCCAGGGAGCCCACGGGGAGCUGCGUCAUCUGGUUGACUCCGCAGAAGGACCCGAGACUUUAUCAAGUUCCUCCAAAUGUAUGGAUUCUGAAAUUUCAUUGAAAACACCGCUUUUUGGUGGUCAGUUUUUUUGUGUGUGGGGGGGAGGUAAGGUUAUUUUUGUUUCCUGCUGGUACUAUCAGGAAAGAUUUUACUGAAACCAGGGUAGAAUUAUCUGGCAAUGCACUUAAGCAUGUUUCUUCUCCAAAAAUGUGCCUCCCUUUCUCUGCUGGCUCUACUGGCCUAUGUAGGUGACUUCCCAGCUGUCAAGUGUCCUUUCUUGCUCUUGUUUCUGCCUGCACCUGCACCCCUCAGGAGGGAAGGCACCGGAAGGCACACAGGGACUUCUUGGGGAGCCUCCGGUGCCUGCCCACCACGGAGCCCGGCUGGGCUGGGUCUUACACAGCAAUACCUUGGCUCGUGGCCACCUGGCGGUCUGGGACUAGCCAGGUGUUUGUGGAGGUGGAAGGUACUUUCUUCUUGCCACCUGCAAGCUUCCUCCUGGCAGACAUCCCCGCGUGGACUUCAGUCUCUCCCUACUGGGACUGUCACCGGCACUGCCCAUACUCGGGGUCCUCGAGCCGCCUAAGGUCAGUACGGAAGACACGGAGAGCUGUUGAGGCCGGGCGGAAGUCUGCCCAAACAGACUUGUGACAACUGAAGGGGGCCUAGAAGGGCCAGGCAGGGCCUGACACAGUUGGGCAUGUGGGGACAGAGUUGUGCUGCGAGCUGGCUGGGCGCCAUGGUGCUGGGGACCUGCCAGCCGAGCUGUGGCCAUGGUGGAGGCCCCGUGUGCACUGCGCGCGCGGGCAGCAGCGCCGGGAGCGGGCCAUCGGCUCCCCGGAGUCAGCAGGGCCGCGAUGGGCAAGUCCCGGAGCCCAGGCCUGGCUGCCCACUUCCAAGAGGAAGGACUGACAUGAGAUGUAUAUUUAGUUGUUUUUUUUUAAACUGCUGCAGACACUGUACAGACAAAUUAAAGGAACAAUUAAUCACCA